UGCAGGCACAGGAUGGUUCUCGAUGGACUUUUUGGGGUCGGCAAUGUUUGGGAGGCGGUGGGGCUCCUGGCUUGUUCCACGGCCCGUUAUAUAUGUCGUUCGGCGUGGAACACACCUUCCCAUCCAUUGCACGCCCCCAACACACCUCUUCACCACUCCUUUCCACAAACUAUACUUCCUUCCACCGAACGUCCAAGACAACUACAAAGCAUGCGAGUUAUCCCCGUCUACAACGACGUACCCACCUCCCCCCCGUCUCACCACCGCUCCACCCCGCCCGCCUGGUCAUCACCCACCCCACGAACACUCGGCUUCGCAACAGCCGCCUGGACACUCCCACCAACCGCCACCACAUACAACACCACUACAUACUCAACGACAGCAGACUGGGGCGUACCCAUCCACCGCGUCCCCGCCCGUCGACGGCGGUCGGAGGUGUCCGCGGACGAAUGUGAGGAGUCGGACGAUGAGGAGGGGGAGGUGCUUGAUGCGCUUCUGCAUAUGGGGGCCUAUAUCCCCCGCGCGGGUGAGAGCGGACCCAACCGCGAGGACUCCAACGAAGCGGUGUUUAUGCACGAUCUGCGCGGCUCCAUCCCCGAAACGGACGUGGACGCGGACAUGAUGGCGGGCAUCUUCACCCUCGCGGUGCACCGCCCUAUGGACAGCGACGAAUGCCUGUCCCACAUCCCCACCAACGAGGACACGGAGCUGACAGCAACACGCACCCUCCCCGAGCUUGCCGUCGCGCGCACGCGCGUCCGCAGCAACCUGUCGCGCCUCUCCCGCGAUCUGCACACCCUCGUCGGGUUCUACGAGGCGUACGUGGAGCAGCUGACGGGCGAGAUCAUGGGGGAUAUCCUCGGUGCGCGAGGGGGCUGGGCUGUGCGGGGCCGGAGUGUGGACGAGAUUUUGGACGAGAUUGUCGAUGAGGUGCCAAGCGAUGAUUUGGUGGCGUAUCUGACGCAGCCCGAGGAUGAGAGCACGCAUACCAGUAUGAGGGUUGUUGAUUGGGCCGCCAUGGCCCCGCCCGCCCCCGCAUCGACGUCGCCGGCAGUCGGACGCGCCUACCCCAUGCGUCGCCGGAUUGUUCCCGUCGACACCACCCGUGAGACAGACAGUCACGACCCGAACGGCAUGCAAUCAGUAACGUGGUCCUCGGCUUGCAGCGCGCGUAUCAAGAUGUGUGACGAGGAGGUGUUGGAUUCUGACGGCAAUGUGGUGGAGCCUGUUUCGACCGUGCCUAAAAGGGAAGUUAGAUCUGGGCGGUUUGGGUUGGUGCGGGCGCAGGACAGGGACGAUGCCCGCGUUGGGCGGUUUGACGUGGAUAGGUAGUUGGGGCGUCGUUUCGGGACCCUCGUUGUUUGCAGAAUAGCGUAGUAGUAGCACUAGACUCCCUCGCAUUUGACAAGUAUAUAUUAAGCUGAUUCCUCCAAAUCAAAUUCAUGC